AUGUCCUCUCUUCCUCUCAACAAUCCCUCUGCCCUACGAUCCUCAAUCUCGAAAUCACCCUCCACUUCUCCCAUCGAAGCGCCCUCCUCGAAUGGCCCUCUUGAUGCCUCCAAAGAUGCGAGACAGAUAGUCCGGCUGGCUCAGUGCCCACAGUGUUCAUAUCCUCUACGAGAACCAGUUACCUUGCCAUGCGGGAACUCGUUAUGCAAGAAGUGUCUGCCAGAAUCCCACUUGCGUCCAAAUAUUUCAUAUCCUGCCACUGCGAACCGUCUUCAGGGUUUCAGGUGCCCCUUCACAAGCUGUCGGCAAGAUCAUGCCGUGGGGGAUUGCAGCGUGGAUGUGACUCUCAAUAAAGUUUUGGGGAUAGUGAAAGAAGAGCUGGAUGGAUACAAGAAUUCUGCCGAGGCAUCAGAAGGAUUGUUGCAACUGCAGGAAAGGGAUAGAUGGGCCAUCGCGGGCGUAGCUUCUUUACGGGAUGAAGAAACCCGAACACGAGUGUUGAGUGGUGGCCGAUUAUGUGCUGCCUAUGCUAUGGCAGAAAUGGGGGAGCUGGCCUAUGAUUUCGAGGUCAUAUUCACACCAAUAUCAUCCACUACUGGGGAUAUAGAGUCACUUGACGGUUCCUUGUUGGAAACGCUGAAGGAUGCGACAAGGGCAGAACUGGACUGUCAAGUUUGUUAUAGUCUCUUUCUAGAUCCCUUGACCACAGCCUGUGGGCAUACAUUCUGCCGAAACUGCAUACAUCGGAUCCUUGAUCACUCAGACUUGUGUCCGAUAUGUCGACGAACGUUGACUAUUCCACCAACAAUCAGUGCAAAACAAGCACCCUCCAAUCAACUUAUCGUGAAACUCCUUAGCGGACUCUGCCCAGAAGCCCUGGCAGCUCGAGCGGAAGCUGCGAAAAUUGAGGAAUCAAAUGGCGUGGGGGAAUUGGACACUCCACUGUUUGUCUGUACCCUCUCUUUCCCAACCAUGCCGACAUUCCUUCAUAUCUUCGAGCCUAGAUAUAGGCUCAUGAUCCGCCGCGCCAUUGAGAGUGGGAAUCGAAAAUUUGGAAUGAUAUUACACAAUCCAACCCGAGAAGUGCAAGGUGAAUUGGGGGCCGUUGGUUUUUACUCUUAUGGCGUCAUGCUUCACAUUGUCAAUAUGCACCUUAUGCCAGAUGGGCGGAGUCUGAUUGAGACCAUUGGAGUGUCGAGGUUUCGAAUUCUAAAGCACGGUGUUCUGGAUGGAUAUAUGGUUGGAAAGGUGGAAAGGGUUGAUGACAUUAGCAUUGCAGAAGAAGAAGCACUUGAAGUUUCGGAAACCUCAGAUGCGUUCUCGGAUCGACAUUUUUCAGCACAGGAUCAUUUUGGAGCACCACCUCACCAUGGCCAACCACCGUCUCCAGUCUUACAAUUGGACACCAUGUCGACUCAAGAUCUCAUGGAAUUUUGUGCGGCAUUUAUCACGAGAAUGCGGGAGCAAAGCGCUCCUUGGCUCCAUAGCCGCGUCUACGCCGCUUACGGCGAGUGUCCUAAUGAUCCGGCACUCUUUCCUUGGUGGUUCGCUAGCGUUCUGCCUACGUCAGAAACGGAAAAGUACAAGUUACUAGCCAUGACCAGUGUUCUGGAACGAUUAAAGAUGUGUGCGGGGUGGAUAGCUCAGCUGGAGUCUCGUAGAUGGUAUGAUAAUUUCUUAUGUUACGCAUAUUAA